GGAAAACAAUAACUUACUUCCCUUCAUCCCUCCCUCUCUAUCUCUUUCUUUGUUUGGUGUGUUGGUACUCUCCUUGACCCAUAGCUCCAGUCCUUUCUGUUGGAUAUUAUGAUACUCUUUGAUAUUAUAACGUGGCCGGUCCGGGCCCUCUUCUCUCUCUUGUCAUCUCUUCUCAGACUAAUCCUCUCCAUCUGUCUCUUCCCGUUUAGACUGGCAGCAAGUAUAGCUAGGUCUUUGUGGAUUAAAGUUUGUUAUGUGUUCCAAUAUGCUGAGAACAAGCUAUCAAUCCUCAAAACAUGGAAGCCAUUUUGUUACCUGUUCCCUCUCACACCAGUCAAUGACAGCUCUGGACCGACCAAUCAGAAUGGAGACGAGCCUCUGGAGAUGAAAGGAAACUUAAGGAGCAAGGAAUAUAAAUCACGAUCACCAUCUCCGGAUGAAAUUGAUGAGGGCCAGACUAUUUCAUCAUUAAUACAAGACCUCCUGAAGAUCAGUCAAACUGAAACACAACCACAGGAGAGAAGUGCUGAUAAGAUACAGCUGCUCCUACAAGAGCUGAAUGAAUUAGCAGCUGCUGGUGGACUAACUGGCAACAAUGAUGAUACCCCAGCUGGUGCUUCUCCUAGAGUCAGUGUCCUAUUGGAGGAUCUGAGUACUCUAGAGUCAUACUUAACCCAAUUCAUAUCGGACGAUGAGGAGGGACACCUACCAUUACCUCCUGACAGGAUGAGCUCUCUUGAAACCAUUCUUGAGGAAACAGCAUCAAAGGAGUCCUCACCGCUACACUGCAGGAGCCCUCUGCCUCACAAAGGAAAGAAACCACACCCACUAGCUGUACAGACGAUAGAGGAGGAGCGAGAACUCACCCACUCACAGAACGAGAUCAGUCAGACUCUUCUCCUGUUACAGAAAGUCGCUAAAUCUCAUGAACUGAAGCAAUCUCUACAACAAAUGUCAGACAUGCACCGCCAGGAGGAGGAGGAGGAGACCACACCCACUACUGGGGAAGGGGUGGGGUCAGAUCAAGGGAAGACCACACCCGGUUCCGCUAGGGAGAGGAGAGAAUCGUUAAAAAAUCAGCUUGAUUCCUCACAAAAUGAAUUGGAUUCUCUUAUAAGCUCACUGGACCAACACCAAAAGUUCAUGUCCUCUCAGAGAGAGCUCCAGGAAGCUAUGGAUUCACUGAAUGAGCACACUACUGGUAGUGAAGCCACACCUCCAAAGAUCACGCCUCCAAAGACUGCAGCAUCAGGGGGAGGGGCAUCAUCUAAAUUGACCACGCCCCCAAACACUGAGCAAAUAUACGAUAGUCUAUCUGCAGUCACUCCUGUUUAUACGGAUGUCGUUAAAAGGCCACGCCCAUCUUCAAUUAUGACAUCUCAAGAAAGCAUUUAUGACUCUAUAAAAACUGGUCCUGUUGCCACGGCAACCGACGAGACCCCGCCCCCAAUACCGUUACGACGGACUCUCUCUGAUGCCUCUACUGAUAGUUGUGAUAAUAGUCCGAUAUUUUCCAGGAGGCGUGGCUCAAUUAGCGACGAAGAUAGAGAGUGUUGUCAUGGCACCCAUCGUUGUCGUCAUAGUAACAGCAAGCGUAUCGGGCGGAGACACUCUUCUACUUCAUCUUGUAAGCACUGUGACCAUUCACCCGAGAGGUAUGAAUAAUUAAUUAAUAAUUAAUA